CCGACUAGCACACGUUUGUUGCUGCGACUUCUCGAGGGGCUGCGACAGAAUCUAUAAUGACCGGAAUGAAGAUGGUCCUGUCGGGCCGUUUCCAGAUGUGCUUCUGGAGCUGCCGAAGCAUGCUGGGCAUAGAUAGAGAAAUUUCGGUGAAGUAUUUAAAGGAAGCCCUACACGUACAGUUUACACUCAAGCUCCCACGAUAAUGGUCUAUGAAGGCAGAACUUUCCGAGGCUCCGCCUCUGGCAAAAUCGUCGAGUCUUCUUUCACUAGGGAGGAGCUUUCUCCCAACGACGUUGUCGUCAAGAUCACACACAGUGGACUAUGCGGAACGGACUUGCAUUACCUGAACAUAGAUAUGGUACUUGGCCACGAAGGUGUCGGUGUCGUUCAAGAGGUCGGACCCUCUUGUAAACGGCUGAACGUCGGGGAUCGAGUGGGAUGGGGGUACAUGCAUGAGACUUGUGGAUUAUGCAGAGAAUGCCAGACCGAUAACGAGGUCUUUUGCCAGGUCAAAAAAUGCUUUGGUUCGGCCAAUUCCGACCAAGGUUCCCUUGCGGAACUAGGUGUUUGGAAGGAAGAUUGGCUCUUCAAACUGCCGGAUGCUCUAUCAUCUGAACAAGCCGCGCCGCUGAUGUGCGCCGGUUCCACGGUCUUCACGCCCUUGAUCAAGUAUUGUAAACCCACCGACCGAGUUGGUAUUGUCGGCAUCGGCGGUUUGGGACACCUUGCCAUCCAGUUCGCGGCGAAAAUGGGGUGUGACGUUGUUGUCUUCUCUGGCACUAACUCGAAGCGAGAGGAGGCUUUGAGCUUGGGGGCGAACGAAUUUUACGCAACCAAAGGUGUUGAUAACCUAUCACAGAUUGGUUUGCCGAAACCUAUCAACAGACUAAUAAUCACAGCGGCUGGAAUGGUGGAUUAUGACUCGUACUUCGAGAUCUUGGCCCCGAAAGCCACCGUCAUUCCGUUGACUGUUACUGACCCCAAGUACACGAUGGGCGUCCCAUACACACCUUUCGCCUGGAAGGGUAUUGAGGUGGUUGGAACGGUUCUUGCUGGAAGAGUUAUGCACAACGAUAUGCUAGAUUUUGCCGCCCGCAACAAGAUAAUUCCAAGGAUUGAAAAAUUUCCCAUGACUGUUGAGGGGAUUACUGAGGCCAUAGAUCGAUUAAACUCGGGCAGUUUGCGCUACCGAGGUGUUAUUACGAACCAGUAGAUUUUAGAAUUUUUGUUACACUGCAUGGUCGCAUUUGCCUUCUAGAACUUAGACUUAGAAGUAUUUGGAUAGAAUACGUACACAUCUGCAUAAUAGUGAAGCAGCGGCCUUUGCUUAUUACGGUAUAGACGACCGUUAUGAAAAGCCGAGAGAAAUGUGAUUGAAAGAUUCCGUAUACGUGGACGCGC